AUGGAACAAGCACGGCAGAUGGUUGAAUCCAUUAAUGAGUUACCUACACCAGUGAGGAUGACAGCGGAGAUAAGCACAGAAAAAGUCAUUUUUUUGGAUGUGGAGCUCUCUGUAACAAACAAGAAAGUUGAGUUCUCUUUAUAUACAAAGCCCACGGAUCGGAACACGAUUUUACAUUAUACGAGUGCCCAUCCGAGAAAUUUGAAAAACUCCAUCCCUCAAGCCCAGUUUCUCAGGGUUAUGAGAAACAAUUCGAAAGAUGAUGUUAGACAACAACAAUUAGAGCAGAUGAGAACCAAAUUUGUGGAACGUGUAUAUGGGGGUACAGUCCUAGAUGCAGCAUUGGAAAAAGCACAAGAUAAAGCAACCAAGCCACAGGACGCCUUAAAGAGACCAGCACUGGUCUUUCCCAUCACAUUUCAUAACCAAGCUCAGAAAGUUUCUAAUGUUAUUAAGAAGAAUUGGAAUAUGUUGUCACAUGAGGAUACGCUACCUAAUGAAUUUAGAGAACCCCCAAGAAUUUGCUUUCGCCGGAAUAGAAAUCUAAAAGACAUGUUAAUGAAAACGGAUCCUGUUGAAAGUUACACCAAACCCCAGAUGUCACAGAUACGAGGAUGUCUUUAUUAUAUUGCUUUUGAGAAUAUGACAAAUCAAACCCAUGUAAGUGAAUUCAUAAUUAUUGGUUUUACUAAUGUCAGGGAAUUCCAGCUGGUGUUGUUUGCGGUCUUCUUGCUGAUGUACAUACUAACGUUUACCCAGCAUGCAGUGAUCAUUGUGGUUAUACACUUGGACUAUCAUCUCCACACACCUAUGUAUUUUUUCCUUGUCAACCUCUCAUUUCUAGAUAUUAGUUAUGUCACUGUUACAGUUCCCAGGAUGUUAUUCAGCUUCAUAUCAGGCAUAAAGACCAUCUCUGUGAAUGGAUGUUUCUUCCAGUUGUAUAUCUUCUUCUUCCUAGGUACCACAGAAUGUUUCCUACUUACUGCGAUGGCUUAUGAUAGAUAUUUGGCUAUCUGUGAUCCUCUCCAUUACAAUGGAAUUAUGGAUAGAAAAGCCUGUAUUAAGUUUGCUGGAGGAUGCUGGUCUGUUGGUUUUCUAGCUCCAGUUUUGCCAACCACGUUUACUUAUCGAUUGUCAUAUUGUGGCUCAAACGUGAUCAAUCAUUUUUUCUGUGACUCUCCACCAAUAUUGAAGCUUUCAUGCCAAAACAUACACAAUGUUGAAUUAAUUAAUUUUGUCCUUGGUUCAUUAAUACUUCUAACUUCAUUUUUAUUGACAAUGAUAUCUUAUUUUCAUAUAAUUUCUACAAUACUUAAGAUCCCUACCGCUGAUGGACGUCAAAAAGCCUUUUCCACUUGUGCAUCUCAUCUUAGUAUUGUGAUUAUGUUUUAUGGUACCACUAUUUUCACAUAUGUCCGCCCCAGAACAAUUAAUGCAUUUAAUUUCAACAAAACUGUAUCUUUAAUCUAUGCUGUUAUCACACCAAUGAUUAAUCCAAUUAUCUACAGUUUAAGAAACAAUGAUAUAAGGCAAGCUUUGAAAAAAGUAAUUGUUAGAAUAUAGUCAUAUA